AUGGGACGUAAAAAUGCCAAAACCCCUCAACUCGGUCGUACCGUGAAAAGAUUUCAUCGUCAAACGAUGAAAAAAUAUUUAAGGGAUUUCAAAAAUGGUGGUGAGUUUUACAAAAUUAUUAACCAAGUUUUAUUAAAUUUAGUCACCGAAGCAAAACAUCGCGAAGAGCUUGAGAAAGAAGAGCAAAGGAUCAUUUCACGAAAUGAAUUGGGUAGUUACGUAUUUAACUUACGUAACAAACUUGAUGUAAAUAAACUAUAUAUUCCUAACCGACUCAACGAUGCAAUUCAAGAAACUAUUGCAUGGCUUGUAAGUAACCAAGAGGCGAGUAAGGAGGAAUAUGAAAAUAAACAAGGAACGCUCAAAGAAAUAGCCAACCCAAUCACGAGAAUAUUUUUUGGUGAAACAGACGUCAGUGGGAGUCGAAGAGGGGAUGCAGGGUGA